GAAUAACGUGGAGUAAACCGUGGCGUAAAGGAAAUCCUCGGAGAUGUUUUAUCAUUAAGUUGAAAUCCGGUGGGUCCAGUGCUGGGUGUGUUUCUGUAGCUGGGAUCUGCCUGAUGUGAAAGGAAUCCGCACCAAAAGUUUGAAUCAAAUUCGCCCGCUCUGCUCCAACUGGUGAAGUAGCAAAAUCGACAGACUGCGAGGAGGUUUACCUUGCAAAAAUGGCCGAGACUGAAACUAAGGAUUCUGGGAAACCAAACAGCAGCAGCAUGGAAAACCUGACUGAAGAUGGCUUCCCUCUGUCUUCGCUGGCCAACCUAUUUGAGAAUGAUGAGAGCAGUGCUGCUGCUGAAGGGCCUCGGCCGGCUGCCCGGGAAAAUGGCGACAGCAAUAAACAGAACCUGAGAUCGAAAUUCCAAGGGGCGUUUAAAAACCGAAUGCCUAAUCCAAUAGACCUUUUGGAGUCCUCCAUCUAUGACUCAUCCAUGCCCAGUAUGGCCCCCGCCCCUAAAAAGGCUCCCAUGGACUCGCUUUUUGACUAUGGGUCCUACCGGCAAGGUAGUGACGACAAGCGGAAAAAAAAGAAACCGGCUAAAGAUAAAAACAGCCCAAAAGUAAAGGCCCCUGCACCUGAACCACCACCUGUUCUGAAGGUCUUUAACAGGGCACUUCUAUUUGACAUUGUGUCACAAGGGUCUGUUGCCGGACUGGACGGCCUGCUUGUCUUUCUACUGAGUCAAAAGAAGCGUCUGACGGAUGAGGAAUUUCGAGAGCCCUCGACAGGGAAGACAUGUUUGCCGAAAGCACUGUUAAACCUAACCAACGGAAAGAAUGAUACCAUUCCAAUAGUGCUCGAGAUAGCAGAAAAAACAGGAAACCUUCGAGAAUUCAUCAAUGCGCCAUUCCGUGAUGUUUACUACAGAGGCCAGACUGCACUGCAUAUCGCGAUUGAGCGUCGAUGUAAACACUAUGUGGAACUGCUGGUUGAAAAGGGAGCUGAUGUCCACGCACAGGCCCGAGGCAAGUUCUUCCAGCCCAAAGACGAAGGCGGAUACUUCUAUUUCGGUGAAUUACCCCUCUCGCUGGCUGCCUGCACUAACCAGCCUGACAUCGUUAACUACCUCACUGAGAACCCAGAUAAGAUCGCAGACCUACGGAGGCAGGAUUCACGGGGAAACACCGUGCUGCAUGCUUUGGUCGCCAUUGCUGAUAACACCAGGGAGAAUACCAAGUUUUCGACUAAAAUGUAUGACUUGUUCCUCAUCAAAUGUGCCAAGAUGUACCCAGACUGCAGCCUGGAGGCCAUUUUAAACAAUGAUGGGCUGUCGCCGCUCAAGAUGGCAGCAAAGCUUGGCAAGAUCGGGGUAUUUCAGCACAUAAUCAGGAGAGAGAUAAAGGAUGAAAGUGCUCGUCACCUUUCCCGCAAAUUUCGAGACUGGGCAUAUGGGCCAGUGUACUCCUCGCUUUAUGACCUCUCAGCGAUAGACACGUGUGGUGAGGAGGUGUCGCUGCUGGAGAUCCUGGUCUACAAUGGAAAAAUAGAGAAUCGUUAUGAAAUGUUAGCUGUGGAACCCAUUAAUGAAUUAUUUCGCGAUAAGUGGAAGAAAUUUGCAGCUGUGUCCUUCUACCUCAGCGUUAUCUCUUAUAUUACAGCCAUGGUAAUAUUUACCCUCAUUGCAUAUUACAGACCAUCGGAAGGCAAACCUCCUUACCCGUACAAUACAACAGUUGAUUACCUACGAAUGGCUGGAGAAAUUAUCACUGUCGUCACCGCCAUCUUCUUUUUCUUCACAAACGUGAAGGAUUUGUUCCUGAAGAAAUGUCCGGGAGUGAAUUCCAUGUUCAUUGAUGGAUCUUUCCAGUUGCUUUAUUUUAUUUAUUCCAUCCUGGUGUUGGUGUCGGCGGGACUGUACUUGGCUGGUGAGGAGUCCUAUCUUGCUGUAAUGGUGUUUGCUCUGGUCUUAGGCUGGAUAAACACACUGUACUUCACCAGAGGCCUGAAGCUAACAGGGACCUACAGCAUCAUGAUACAGAAGAUCCUGGUUAAAGAUCUUUUCCGGUUCCUUCUGGUUUACGUGUUGUUCAUGAUAGGCUUCACGUCAGCCCUGGUCUCACUGUUGAUGACUUGUCCCACUGAUGAUAUUACACUUCAAACUUGCGAUAUAACAUCCGACUCACCGAACUGCACAAGUUCAACAUAUCCCAUCUGCAGAGACAACUUAUCGUUCAGCAAGUUCCUGCUGGAGCUUUUCCGACUCACCAUCGGCAUGGGUGACCUGGAUGUUAUCAACAGUGCCAAGUACCCCAUUGUCUUCGUCAUCCUCCUGGUCUCCUAUAUUAUCCUAACCUUUGUGCUCCUGCUGAACAUGUUAAUCGCUUUGAUGGGUGAAACUGUGGGGCAAGUCUCUAAGAAGAGCAAGCAAAUCUGGAGAUUGCAGUGGGCUACAACAAUCCUGGAUAUCGAAAGAUCGUUCCCAGUGUUUCUAAGGAAAGCAUUUCGUUCAGGAGAGAUGGUUACAGUGGGAAUCAAUUCUGAUGGUACUCCUGACCGGAGAUGGUGCUUUCGGGUGGAUGAGGUCAACUGGUCUCAUUGGCACCAAAAUGUUGGAAUUAUUAAUGAAGACCCAGGAAGGAACGACACUUACCAAUACGAUGCUGGUUUUACCCACACCAUGGGGCGACUACGCCGAGACCGCUGGUCAACUGUGGUUCCUCGAGUUGUGGAGUUGAACAAGAGUUCCCGUCCUGAUGAUUAUGUGGUGGGAAUGGAACACAUCGCAAUGGAAAGGAAAUAUGGAUAUGGCAAUUCACAGCUCUAUAGCCACCGGAAGAAGGAUGAAACACACAUUUAAUUUAUGUAUUUGAUAGAUGCUGGAAGUGAAUUAACAAAGCCAGAAUCAAAUCAAAACCAAGUAGAGGUUCCUACAGGGGAAUGUUUAUUAUUGAGUGUUAGUGCUACAAGACGCACACUGUCCCUUGUAGGGAUCCGUACACAUUUCAUGACAGUUCAGUGUUGCUUGACACUAGAAAGCUGUUGCCAGUAAGAACAGAUUAUCUCAGAGAUACUCACUACCCAUUCUUGACUGUUGUGAUGUUAUUUUCCACUCUGCUCUCCUGCAGUAACAUCUUCCUGGGGCCAAAGACAUCAAAUGUCACCGCCCACCCCCACCCCAACCCCAAAACCGAUCUAUCAUACAAUAGGGUAACGGCGCAAAUAUUAAAUUUUUG